CUAGAUUUUAUUACCAUAGAAUAGAACAGAAGCAUAGAAAUAUUUUGUUAACCCGAUUGAAUCUCUCCCCUUCCCCCAAGAGAAGCCCUAAAUCCCAGCAAUUUAAUUGAUGAUUUCCACAAUCAUAUCACAACACCGUGAGGAAAUUGCAGAUUGUAAAUGCAUGUCACGGCGGAUCUUAACUGGUUCCUGCAAUUCAUAGUGUUGGCGUCAGUUGGGAUUUUCGGCCUGCUGUAUUUGGUGCGGAACACGGCCUCCAAAUACUUCGUGGUGGACUCCAAUUUCGAUUCCUCCUCCGCCGAUUACUCGUCCUUGGAUCGCCAGAAGAGAGACAGUAUGGCGGAGGCCGCCGGUGGCGCUGCCGAGGGUUUUGAUUCAUGCGUCGUGUGCGGCCUUCUCACCAAGAAACAGUGCGCCGGCUGCAAGAUGGUUAAAUACUGUUCUGAAGCUUGUCAAAAAUCUCACUGGACUGAGCACAAGACAAGAUGCAAAGAAAUGAAGUCACUUUACAAAGCUAACUCUAUGAUGCCAAAAUCCACUCUGAGAGGAAGGAAAACUUCAGUAGCACCUUCGGGAGGAAGCUCAAAGAUUUACAAACCUUCAAACAAAAUACUUUUCCCAUAUGAGGAAUUUCUAAAAUUUUUCACUUGGGACAAACCAGGCUAUCCUCCUUGUGGACUUAUAAACUGUGGAAACAGUUGCUUUGCUAAUGUGGUUCUUCAGUGUCUUGCAUACACCCGACCCCUUGUUGCCUAUUUGUUGGAGAAAGGCCACCGCAGAGAAUGUCAAAGGGAUGAUUGGUGUUUUCUUUGUGAAUUUCAAUUGCACAUGGAAAGGGCCAGUCGAAGUGUUAAUCCAUUUUCUCCAAUGAACAUUCUUUCAAGAUUGCCUAACAUAGGUGGUAAUCUUGGAUAUGGGAAACAGGAGGAUGCACAUGAGUUUAUGAGGUUUGCCAUUGACAUGAUGCAGUCUGUAUGCCUUGAUGAGUUUGGUGGAGAAAAGGUUGUUCAUCCUAGCUAUCAAGAGACAACCCUUAUUCAACAUAUAUUUGGGGGUCGUCUUCGAUCACAGGUUAUAUGCGCGGAGUGUAAUAAUGUUUCAAACCAAUUUGAAAAUAUGAUGGAUUUAACUGUUGAAAUUCAUGGGGAUGCUGGAUCUAUGGAAGAGUGUUUGGAUCAAUUUACUGCCAAAGAAUGGCUUCAUGGGGAUAAUAUGUAUAAAUGCGAUGGUUGUAAUGCAUAUGUCAUGGCAUGGAAACGCCUUACUGUCCAGCGAGCACCAAACAUUCUUACAAUUGCCUUGAAAAGAUUCCAGAGUGGUAGAUUUGGGAAGCUUAACAAGAGGGUGACUUUCCCAGAGACUCUGGAUCUUAGCCCAUACAUGAGUGAGUUAGAAGACGGAAAUGAUGUGUACAAGCUGUAUGCUGUUAUUGUUCAUGUGGACAUGCUGAAUGCAUCUUUUUUUGGCCAUUACAUCUGUUAUAUUAAGGAUUUCCGUGGAAAGUGGUACAGAAUUGAUGAUAGCAAGGUUGCUAGUGUUGAUUUGGAUGAGGUGCUUUCACAGGGAGCUUAUAUGCUCUUGUACAGCAGGAUACAUGCUCGACCAUCAUGCUUGCUUCCCACUGAAUUAUUGACAAAAGAAGAAAGUGAGAAAGUGAAAAUAAAUGAAGUGAACUCUUCCAUGAAACAACAUACUGAGUCCUCAACUGAUGCAGUAUGCACUGACAGUCCUCUUGAUUUAGAGCAACCAUCUACUAAUAGUGAGGAAGAAUUGUCGUUAACUACAGCCGUGAAAGAUGCAAAAGGAGAUACAAAAAUGGCAUCUCCUGACUUAAGUUUGCCUAUUGUCAUCGAUGCUGAACUUCACAACAAAGACGGAUUGCCAACCACCCAAAUAGAAGUUCCUUCCACUAGAAAUCAUGAUGACGAGCCAGAUCAAAUUAGCACUUCAUUGAUUGAUGCUUCGCCUACAGAAUCAGACACCAAGAGUUACGAGGCAUCCUCAUCUACUUCUGAUGUUCAAGCAACUUGUGGGAAUGAAAUCAAUAGUGAUUUAGGCUCAUCCACAAAGUUGACUGAAGCGUCCACUGCAGCUGGGAACUGUAAAGAUGAUGUAGACAGCAGAACUUGUAGUGUCCCAGCAAUGGAUACCACCAGUAAGGUCCCAGAUAAAGAGAACCCUGCUAGUUCAACAUCUAAUGAUGGAAAUAUUGAGCCUGAUAACGGCUCAUCGUCCUCUGGUGAUAAUAAAAAGUCUAUGAAGAAAGCAGAUGGCGGAAGCUCCACAGAAAAGUGUAAGCCACUCUUCCGGCCUGGUUUUUUUGGAAAACCGCCACUAAAGAAGCUGAAUAAUCAUACAAAAGAAGCUGCGCAUGAAAAUGGUGGCUGGUUGAAAGAAAAGAUUCACAUUACACAUGAGAAUGGAGAUGUUUCUACAGAACCUGAUAUGCGUAAGAGCCUUGUAAAUGGGGAUUCCGCGAGUGGAAUAUGAUCAGAUAGAAACUUCAGACGUCUCGAGAAGAUUCACUAACGAGUGGUGCUCAAAUUUGUCGAAUCAAAUUGCAGAAGAUUGGAGUUAUUUAUGCAGGUGGAUUCAAUAGAGUCGAUGUGUUGAGAAGAUUCAAACCUCAAAGUCUUAGAAAUAACGUUGAUUAUGUGCUGGUAAGAGCGAAAUUCUUUUCCCUUUUCUUUGCUGUUUAUAGCAUUCGAUUAUCCCAUCCCCACAACUGGAUGCGCUGGGAAUAUAUAUCCUUGGUUUCAAUAUUUACAGGAAUCUUGGAUACUCUUCUUGUCUCUCCUUCAAUCUACUUCUCUGACUUAAAUCUAAAUUAUUUUUUUUAUCAUA